AUGCAUGUUGAGACACCGACAUAUAACUUCCGACUUCCUGUCGGUUACCGGAACCGAAAGGCUGCGGCUCCAGCGGUAGUCAAGGAAAUCACCACGAAUGGCAAUGAGGCCAUCCACUGGACGCCAGACUCAUGGAGCUCAAAGUAUGCUGCUCAAGCGGUGGAGUACAAUGAUACAAAUGUUCUGGAGAACGUAUGUGCAUCACUGAAGCAGCUCCCUCCUCUUGUCAGUCGCUUGGAGAUAGAGCAGGCCCGGGUUCGCUUCUACCACGUUGCUCUGGGCCGUGGCUUCAUCAUCCAAGGAGGUGACUGUGCAGAGAGCUUCCACGACAUACAGCACGAUAUCAUCCAUCGCAAGGUUGACUUGCUCCAUCAACAGAGUCAGAUACUCGAAGAUGCUAUAGGUAAACCUGUCAUACCACUCGGGCGUAUUGCAGGACAAUACGCCAAGCCAAGGUCAAACCCUCUCGAAAUUCUCCCAAGCGGGGAGAAGGUGCACGCAUUCAGAGGCCACAUCAUAAACUCAGAGGGACUAGAAGAUAGAGAACCAGAUCCCAAGCGACUCAUGCUGGGCUAUUUCUAUGCUGCGGCGACGCAGAACAGCAUCCGUCAUGUGACUGGGCUAGCGAAUUCAGUGCCCGGGAAGACAUUCAGCAAGUGCCAUCUUUACACAUCGCAUGAGGCACUCCAUCUUCCCUACGAAUCUGCUCUCACUCAUGAGUCUUACAACCUCUCGGCAACAUCGAUCUGGCUGGGCGAGAGAACUCGUCAACUGGAUGGCGCUCAUGUCGAGUACGCUCGUGGACUAAGAAACCCUAUCGGAGUCAAGAUCGGUCCAAGAGCCACAGCAGAAGAUGUCAUUGCUCUCCUUGACACUCUGGCUCCCGAUACAUCACAGUACGGCAAGGUCACCAUCAUAACUCGCAUGGGACAUGACAAGGUGAAGCAGGUGCUUCCCACCAUCAUCAGAGCAGUGCAACUUAGCGGUCAUCUGCCUAUUUGGACGUGUGACCCUUGCCAUGGUAACACGUUUACGACAUCAGAAGGAAUCAAGACCAGAAGGGUUGAUGACCUCUUGGCCGAGCUUGAGGAGACAUAUGCUGUUCAUCGGAGCCUUGAAAGUCAUUUGGGGGGUAUCCACCUGGAACAGACGGGAGACGAUGUCACAGAAUGCUUAGGUGGUUCAUCCUGUGAGACCGAGGGAGAUUUAAAGGCAUGCUACGAGUCGUUGUGUGACCCUAGGUUAUCUGGUGAGCAGGCGCUGAAUCUGGUGCAACGCUUCGCUGAGUUUGUGAAGAACUUCAAUUGA